GCCGGAAGCGGAAGUUGCUUAGAGGUGGGGGAGUUGUUGGGAAAGUGUCGGGUUAUUUUCGGGCUUCUUGGGUUAAGCGUGGUUGGGUAACCUGGGCAGUCCUCACCCGCCGCAAACCGGCUACCGGCCCGGAACCCUCGCCCCGAGGGGUGUGGUACUCGGGGCUCGGACUCCUUCCCCGGAGUCCUUGUGACCUCCUGGUUGCCGGAGUCCCCUGCCCCUUCCCUGGAGUGAGGCCCCGUCCGGCUUCCCGGUGUCCCCGCAGACCCCCGUCAUGGGCAACACGAGCAGCGAGCGGGCCGCGCUGGAGCGGCAGGGCGGCCACAAGACGCCGCGAAGGGACAGCUCGGGGGGCGCCAAGGAUGGGGACAGGCCCAAGAUCCUGAUGGACAGCCCCGAGGACGCCGACCUCUUCCACUCCGAGGAAAUCAAGGCUCCAGAGAAGGAAGAAUUCCUGGCUUGGCAGCAUGAUCUGGAAGUGAAUGAUAAAGCCCCUGCCCAGGCUCGGCCAACAGUGUUUCGAUGGACGGGGGGUGGAAAGGAAGUUUACUUAUCUGGGUCCUUCAACAACUGGAGUAAACUUCCCCUCACGAGAAGCCACAAUAACUUUGUAGCCAUCCUGGACCUGCCCGAAGGAGAGCAUCAGUACAAGUUCUUUGUGGAUGGUCAGUGGACGCAUGACCCUUCUGAGCCAGUAGUAACCAGCCAGCUUGGCACAGUUAACAACAUCAUUCAAGUGAAGAAAACUGACUUUGAAGUAUUUGAUGCUUUAAUGGUGGAUUCCCAAAAGUGCUCCGAUGUGUCUGAGCUAUCCAGCUCCCCACCGGGACCUUACCAUCAGGAGCCGUAUGUCUCAAAGCCAGAAGAACGGUUUAAAGCCCCCCCCAUUCUCCCUCCACAUCUGCUCCAGGUCAUCCUGAACAAGGACACGGGGAUUUCUUGUGAUCCAGCUUUGCUCCCUGAGCCCAACCACGUCAUGUUGAACCACCUUUACGCGCUCUCCAUCAAGGAUGGAGUGAUGGUGCUCAGCGCGACCCACCGAUACAAGAAAAAGUAUGUCACCACCUUGUUAUACAAGCCCAUAUGAAGAGCUGGGAGCCAGCUGUGGGCCCCAGGGAACGGUGUGCACUCCUGGGCUCCACGACUGCAUGCUUUCCACCAGAGGGAACGGACUGUACAUUUUUCAUUUCACACUCUUUAUAAGACAUUACAUACCCGCCGUAGUCCUGCUUGAAGGUUUGUUCCAGGCACGGCAGCUCCCAAAGCGCCUCGGUCUGUAACAGUCCUCUUAGCACCCGUGGCUGUGAGCCUCGGGCUCAGCAGUGCUGAGAACGGAGGGAGGGAAGGCAGGAGGCCUGGACCCCCACGCCACGGGGCAUGAGGACAGGUGCACUUCUGAACAGACAUCCUCGGAACUGGUCGUGGAGAUUCUUCUUAAGCCAAAAAUGAACACUAGCCACUUUGCUGGUAAAAUCCGGGAAGCAGGGACCGAGGCCACACAGAAAUUGCUAAUCAUACAUGUUUUUGAGGCCAUCCGCUUGUCCCUGCUGAGGCCUGGCCGUGGAGCUAACAGCAAGUACCAGUCCUCUGAAAUCAAAGCAAUAGAUGGUCUCCUGUUCUCUGCUCCAGGGAGGUACAAUUUCUAUAGAAAUUAGAACCUGUCUGAUUUCCAGAUGAAGAUUUACAGUUGUUUCUUAUGCUUAUGUGCACUAAGUACUUUUGUUUUAAACCAGAGGUGGCUGACUCUAUGGCCUUAGGGCAUUUUUAAAAAUCACCGCAACUAGAAUAUAGAUCAUGUGAACUAUAUUCAGCAAUAAUCUGUUUUUAGAACAGACUUUGAAAACCGCUGCCGGAUUUCUCCAUCAGGCCGGAUGAUCCUGAGGACUGACCACUGUUAGCUGGAGGGAUGUCCAGCUUUUUAUUCUAAUCGUAAUGAGGUGACAGUGUUACCAUGAAAACUUUGCAGAAGCACCCUCCCCUAGCCUGUGCCACCUUGAUCAGGACCUCCGUCUCUACUUAGCAGUGAAGGCGGUAGCAGUUGCUGCUGCUUAUUCUGGAAGGAACUUAGAACUUGACAGUAGCCGUCUAAAUUUGUGUCAGGAAGACAUCCUUUGGACCAAAGCAAACCUUUUUACACUCGGCAUGGUUUCCGGGGAGAUGCUGCGGAUGUGCCCAUUAGUACAGGUUCCUGUCCCCAAGUCAGCAGAAGCUAUUGUUAUGCCCUGUGUUCCUGCUGGGAGAUGGAGGAACGAGCUCCCUGGUUUCCAGUAUUUAUUUGGUAAACCUGAGUCUGGGAUACCCUGUUUUUGUUACUGUUUUCCAAACACUGAAUUAUUGUCACCUUGAUGUACAGGUUUCAGUAAAGCUUUGUAAAGAUAACGGGA